AUGAUGAGUGACGGUCUGGAGCAACGCCUCAAAAUGAAACAAACUGUCUCUCCAAUGAUGUACGGCUUCGACAGAAUCAAGCAAGAAGCGGACAGCACUUCCCCCUUGCUCACACCCCCCCGACCCCACCCCUACCACAACCCCUCCCAACCACCCCUCAUACCCAACCUGAACCUCAGGGCUUGCGACCAAUGGUACGCUCCCCUCAACUCCCAAUUCGACUCCCCUUAUCCCCCCUAUCCCGGCUACAACGUCAUCCUGAUGAACCAGUGGCUGCGGACGGCCGCCGCGUACCGGGGGGCAGACGGGGGCAAACCGCCCCCCCACAAGGGGGGCGGAAAUGCGAGGCCCAGGAAGCAGUUCAUCUGCAAGUACUGCAACAGACAGUUCACCAAGAGUUACAAUUUGCUGAUCCACGAGCGGACGCACACGGACGAGAGGCCGUAUUCCUGUGAUAUUUGCGGGAAGGCUUUCAGAAGACAGGACCACCUCAGGGACCAUAGGUACAUCCACAGCAAAGAGAAACCCUUCAAGUGCAACCAAUGCGGCAAAGGCUUCUGCCAAUCACGCACCUUGGCCGUCCACAAGAUCCUCCACAUGGAAGAAUCCCCCCACAAGUGCGUAAUUUGCAACAAGUCCUUCAACCAGCGUUCCAACCUCAAAACGCACAUGUCCACCCACUCGGAUCGCCCUGUAGAGUGCCUCGCGUGCUCGCAGUACUUCGCGGACCCUUCGGAUCUGAAGGCGCACGCGCAAAUGCACUCUGAGCGACGUUUCGAUACGCCGACAGCGCCGUCUUCAGAGAUUUGCCUGGAUCUGACCAAGAAGGUGGAUCUCGAUUUGAUCACUACCAAGGUCAAGCUGGGAUUUUCUAUUGAGGACAUCAUGAAACGAUGA